AUGGCAGCAGCUGCAUCAGUCUCUGCAUCACCUUCAGUGAGAACAUAUGCCACACAAUCCCAACCAAUGCCUGAACUAAACAUUGGCGGUCCACGCCUGCCCCCACAUCUGAUAGCAGCAACACUAGCCAAACCAAAACUCUCGCAACAAGGCAACCCAAUCGACAUCAAACGCCAAUUCCUAUACGCCCUAUACACAUCCAUCCUCCCCAAACGCAUCGUAUUCGUAAUCCAACUAAACGCACUCAGUGCAUCCGAAUACCAGACACUAACGCGUGAAUUCAGGAAACGGGGCAUGAACAUUCUCAAAAUCCGUCUAGGUGUAUUUAGAGCCGCUGCCAAGAAAUUUGGACAGCGGGGCACCAUGAGUUGGGUGCCUAGUAUCGUUGAUCCACAUCCAGAGAGCAUGUAUACCAUAUCACAUAAAAACGGAGUUAGGUUAUCUGAGAUGCCUGUCGGGCACACCGCUAUCGUAUUCGCUGACAAUAUCCCCGAGUCCGUAAGCAAGGUAUUACAGAGCGUGAAUCAGGUCGUGGAUAAAGUCAAGCCCAAAGUGUUUGUUGUGGGUGCUAAGAUUGAUUGUGAUGUGUAUAGUAAAGCGGAGCUGGAUUAUGUUGCUACGCUGCCAAGUAUCAAGGAGUUGAGGGAACAGCUUGUUGGGGUGCUGAUGGGGCCUGGUGGCAAGUUGGUGCAGACUUUGCAGAAUGUGCAGGAGACCCAGGGGGUGAUGUUGGUUAAGACGUUGGAGGCACGGCCUGCUGAGUUGGUUGAUGUGCUUGGUAGGAGGGAGGAUGGUGAGGCAUCGUCGCAGCAGCAGUAA